CUCCGUAACAGAUUAUUCUGUAAAGACAGACGAGUCAGUAAAAUGGCCAGAACCAAGCAGACCGCCCGUAAAUCUACCGGAGGCAAAGCUCCGAGGAAGCAGCUGGCUACCAAGGCUGCCCGUAAGAGCGCCCCGGCCACCGGAGGAGUGAAGAAGCCUCACCGUUACCGUCCCGGUACCGUGGCUCUCCGUGAGAUCCGUCGCUACCAGAAAUCCACCGAGCUGCUGAUCCGCAAGCUGCCCUUCCAGCGGCUGGUGAGAGAAAUCGCUCAGGACUUCAAGACCGACCUGCGCUUCCAGAGCUCUGCUGUCAUGGCUCUGCAGGAGGCCAGCGAGGCUUACCUGGUGGGGCUCUUCGAGGACACCAACCUGUGCGCCAUCCACGCCAAGAGGGUCACCAUCAUGCCCAAAGACAUCCAGCUGGCCCGCCGCAUCCGUGGGGAAAGAGCUUAAACAUCCGCAGAUGAAACAACACAACGGCUCUUUUAAGAGCCACCAACACAUCUGCAGAGCAUUUCAUCCACAUUUAUUUUACA